ACCCAAUUCUUAAAUUAUAUUCUUUUAUAUAUCUGUAUAUACACGGUAUAUUUAAAAAAAAAAUCUUGGUGUUUGUAACAGUGGACUUGGUUCAGCUUUUUUUUAAAAAAACCCUUUGUGAGUGGUCUACCUCCAUGAAUGUGUUUUUUCUAUUGGAAAAAAAUCCAGUGUUUAUUCUGUUACAAUUAAUGCUUCUUGGAUUCUUGUUUUGGGAAGCAGUGGAUUUUUUUUUCUCUGCUUGAGGAUUCUUGUCAUUAUCUCCUGUUAUGUAUUUGGCGCAUUUAAUGCUGUCUCAGUGAAUUUUCAAUUGUUGGAUUUAAACUUUAAACCCAGUUUGUGGGCACGAUACUUCCUUAUUCCAUGCCUGAAUUGACAUGGCGGGCUUCUAGCUUCAUCAACUUCAUGGAACCAAGAGCUUCAACACAGAAGCGCUCUAACAGCUAUCAAUUUCAACGAAAUUUCCAGAAAGCUAAGAUUGAUUCUGUCUUUGAAACUGCUAGUUUCUUUAAGUUGGAAAUGGAACAGUUGAAGGGAAGUGUUGAAGCAAAGAAGAGGCUACCUCAGAAUGGUGAGGCUCAAGAUUCCUUAAAGAAAGAGAUUUCACAGCUUCAAGAACGAUUACAUGAUGAAUUUGCUGUCCGUCAUGCUUUGGAAAAGGCAUUAAGUUACAGGCCACUUUGCCAUGAUUCUAGAAAUGAAAAUUCAAUCCCUAAGGAGGCCAAGGAACUAAUCAAGGAAGUUGCGUUGUUAGAGCUUGAAGUUGUGUACUUAGAGCAGUAUCUACUUUCGUUGUACCGAAAAAACUUUGAUAAAACUAUAUCAAUGAUGUCAACCAUAGAUGAAAGACUGAAACCAAAUUCAGUGUUGGAUAAAGGAAUUACCCAGGAGGUUACAGACAACGAUACUUUGUGGAAGAAUGAUAACUCAGUUUCCAGAUCUGGACUCCUUAAAUCACCUAGAAGAAAUUCAGUAAGCAGUUCUCCAAAGGAAUGCAAUGACUCCUUGGGACAACAGAAGCUGUUAGAUUCUGGUAUCCAUCGCAGCCACUCUUCGCUAUCUCAGAAUGCAGCGCAUUCAUUUAGAAUGUCUCCUUCAUCAAAAGCUGUCGCUAAAGCUGUGGACUCCUAUCAUUCCCUUCCUUUAUCAAUGCUUGAGCAAGCUCAGACUGAUACUUCAAAUGGAGAAAGUUUGGCUAUGCAUCUCGGAACCUGCAUUUCUGAUCAUGUUCCAGAGACACCAAACUGGCUUUCUGAGGAGAUGGUCAAGUGCAUUUCAACCAUUUAUUGUGAACUUGCAGAUCCACCAUUGAUGAAUCAGGAUUACCUCCCUUCUCCAGUUUCAUGUUCAUCAUCAAUGGAGAUGUUAUCUUCACAGGACCAGGGUGAUUUUCGGAAUCAAGAGUGGGGCAAUUUUUCAUCUUUCAAUUCAGAUUUCGAUCACUCUUUCCAAAAUGGAGAUUCAAAAGAAUUUGGUGGCUCGUACAGCUUAAUGGCUAAGGUGCAAGGGAUUCAGAGCGAGAGUCAGGAGACUAAAGAUAUGAAAUAUAAGCUGCGAAGAUAUAGGUCACUGGUUUACCGCUUGGAAGAAGUUAACCCUAAAAUAAUGAAGCAUGAAGAGAAGCUAGCUUUCUGGAUUAAUGUGCACAAUGCUCUGGUGAUGCAUGCAUUUUUAGUUUAUGGGAUUCCAAACAAUAAUCUGAGAAGAACUUCUUUGAUACUCAAGGCUGCAUACAACGUGGGAGGCCAAACUGUAAAUGUUGAUGUGAUUCAGAGUUCCAUUCUCAGAUGUCGAAUGCCUCGUCCUGGCCAAUGGUUACGAUUGUUACUGCCUUCAAAACCGAAACUUAAGGCUGGAGAUGCCCGAAAAGCAUUUGCAAUUCAGCACCCAGAACCUCUUUUACAUUUUGCACUUUGUACAGGAUGUUAUUCUGAUCCUGCACUCCGCAUAUACACUCCUACGAGAAUACGACAGGAGCUAGAAGCUGCAAGAGGAGAGUACAUACAAUCAAACAUUAGUCUAAGCAAGGACCAGAAAAUUCUUUUACCCAAGAUUGUAGAAUCUUUCGCAAAAGAUUCCAAUCUGUGUAUAGUUGGUUUGCUUGAAAUGAUUGAGCAUGAUAUGCCUCAUUCUUUAAAAAAGAAGAUUCAACAGUCUCAGCAUCGAAAGUCUGGGAAGGCUAUUGAGUGGAUCCCUCACAACUUUGUAUUUCGUUACCUGUUAUCAGAAGAAUUAGCUUAAUCAUCUAAAUUCUCUGAAUCGGCUCAGAUAGGAAGUGAGGAUGAAACUGGUAUUUAAGGAACUAAAAAACAGCCGGCUUCAUUGGUGUUUUCUAGCUCUCACGCAUGGCAUUGUCAUGGUGGCUUGCGGGAUGGACAGUUAAAUCAUGACAUAAUGGGUCCCCUUUCUUGCUAAUGAUAUAUGGUUAGCUACCAAGUACUUCAUAAGAAUAUUUGAUCAGACAGGCUCAGGAUCAUUGAGCACAAAUGAUGAAGUAAUUUGUGGAAAAUUUCAGUCUACCCCAUGAUAUGUCAAGCUCUGCCAUAAGCUUGAGCUGGUUUGAUCAGGAUUGUUCUUAGAACAUUUGGGUAUGAUUCAGCUGUCAUUUCCAAUUUCCGACUGUAAUAUAAA